GAACCCUAAAGCGAGGGAAGUUGUAUCAAGGAUGAAAUGAUGCGAAACUCUUUGAUUCGAGAGAGAGCUGUCAAAACCCAUAUUUUUUAUAACAUUUGUCAAUCAUGCCACUGUCAAAAGAAAAAGGAUUGGGUAUUUUAAAAAUAGCUUUUGAGUAUUUUGCAUUUCGUUAUAUUUUUUAGGUGCCGGUUCCCGAGUAGGCCUAUAUAACGCAUAUACAUCCCUAAAUACGUGUAUGAAUAUUAUAAAAUUUUUAAUACAUCAUAUAACAUAAAAAAAUAUAUAUUAAUAAAUAAAAUUAUAACAAAGAAACAAUACAAGUCAUAAUAUAAUAUCAUGGUUUUAUGAUUAAAGUUUAAAUUAGCAAAAAAAAAUUUAGUUGCACGUUCCUUGAAAUUUCGUUUCGCACUGCUUUUGUUAGCAAUUUUUUGCCGGUUUAUUUCUGGCCUCCCGCCUUUUUGAUAUCAGCUGUUCAAAAUUCCCUAAUCGUAAUAAUCAGGGAAAGAAAAUAACAGAAAAAUUAGGGAAAAUGAGAGAGCCUCGCAUCAUGUCAUCCUUGGUUGUAUGUGAAAAGGCCUUGACUGAGUUCAGGUGGUUUUGACAUGUGUUGAGGAUAACACAUAUGCACCUAUUCGCUAGCAAAAGUAUUUGUUACCUUUAACAGACUGUGUAAACCAAUGUAUGUCAUUCUGUUAACCAAAACAUAACAAACAAGGUAUGCAUAUAAGAGGUAAUUUAGAACGAGACAGCAUGAGAACAGCAAAUGGCGAUGUGUUACUUUUUUCCCACUCUCAGCCGCUUCAGAGAUAUGCAUGUAAAUAUAAAUAUAAGAGAUGUGCUGUUAUAAAAUACAAUGUGAUGAAUUUAAGAACAAUUUUUUAUUUAUAUUAAUACAUAAUCUAAUAAAAAGAAAACAUACAAAGUCCUGUCUGUUAUAAAGAAUAAAUGUGUAUUUAACUUCAACUCAGCGCAGAGAAAAGAAAUUGUUAUACAUGGCCCUUACAUCUAUAAUUUUUAUCUCUUAGGUAUGGACUAAAAAUAUCAGUCAUGGUAUAAUCGAUGAUAUUAUAUUAACUUCUUUAAAAGCAAGACCGUGCGGUAUUGGAACAUCACUAAAUAGUAUAUUAUUUAAUAUUUGGUUAGGAACGGUAAAGAAGUUUUUUACAUCGGUAUAAAGUAAAAUGAUUACAAUUUUACGGACAAUAUCUAGAAAUCUUACUAACGAAAAGUUUUCUGUUGUUAAUCGCGCUUCCUUUCCUCAACGGCUUACAUGUUUUCAUACAGGUGCAAUUUUAAGGUGUGAUGCAAAGCCGGAAGAAAACGUUAGUGCUUCUGAAUCCAAUAAUCUUACUGCUGAAGAAAUAAAAAAGCGCCAUGAUGACCGAACACAAAUUAUUCCAGUAGAGACAUCAAUGAGAUACCUUAAAAGUUCUGCCUACAAAGAAACAUAUGGAGAUCAAUUAGUUUGGGAGCAGUAUAGGCGUAACCACAAAGGAGCCAUCCCACCGCGUAAAACACGUAAAACUUGUAUUAGGAAGGGAGUAAUAUCUACCGGAAAUCCUUGUCCUAUUUGUCGUGAUGAAUAUUUAGUGUUAGACCACCGAAAUAUUGAGUUACUACAACAAUUUAUUUCGCCACAUACGGGUCAAAUUCUAAGUUAUUCUAAAACUGGCCUUUGCCAAAAAAAACAUUUUGAAUUAACAGUGGCCGUUAAACGUGCGCAGGACUUCGGGCUUAUAACUUUUAACGUGCCAUUUAGAGAAUUCGAUUUAGACGAAUACUACGGUAAAGCUGGUGUUAAAAAAGAAUAACAAACUAAUACACUUUAAAUUUACAUAUUAAUUUAGUAAUUUUUAUGGAAGAAACAAAAUAAUGGCUUCUAAUAGUGUUGACAAUAUUUCCCAAUUCGAACAACAUUCAUCGACAUUCCUUGUAGUUGGUGGUGGGAUAGCAGGUGUAACCUGUGCAGAAACAUUAGCAAUUUACCAUCCAGAAGAGAGCAUAACUUUAAUAACAGAAUCGACCGUUAUAAAAACUAUAGCUAAUUUAGAACCCGUAGCAAGAUAUGUUUAUAAAUUUGAUGUGAAGGAACGAUCUUUGAAAGAUAAAUGUCAAGCUAGCCUUGCACCCACAAUUGUAACCAUUGUUGAUCGGCUUAAGAAUAUAGAGGCUUUGGAUCAUUGCGUAACCACUGAGAAUGGUCGACGUAUCUAUUAUAAAUCUAUUUGUCUCUGUACUGGAGCUGCACCCAAUCUAGUUCUCGGUAACAAUCCUCGAGUUAUUGGAAUCCGUGACACCGAUUCAGUUCUAGCACUGCAGGAAUUCUUAAAACAUGCUAAAAAAGUUACUUUGCUGGGUAAUGGUGGUAUAGCAAGCGAACUUGCUUAUGAGUUGCAUGGAAUUGAGGUACAUUGGGUGGUCAAAGACAAUCAUAUUGCGUCAACAUUUGUAGAUCCAGGUGCAGCCCAUUUCUUUCAAGAAUCAGUACGCCUCAAGCGAUCAGAACAUAGCAAAGCUGAUAAAGAGAAAACACAAUCCACUUCGAUUGUUAAACGACUUAGAUACAAGGAAAUACAAUUAGAAGAACUGUGUAAGGAAAGCAGCAAAGUUCAUGGUGCGGCUUUGGGACCCGAUUGGCACAGGAAUUUCACAUUGACUGGUAAUGCAUUAUCUACAACAGAUUUACCGAUUAUACACUACAAAUCAUAUAUUAAGGAAAUAAUAGAAGAAAAUGAAAAAAUGGUGGUUACGCUCACCAAUGAUGAACGUAUUGAAUGUGAUUUCCUUAUAUCUGCAACCGGUGUCGAACCGCGUCAUAAUUAUUCUUGCUCGAUUCCUUUAUCUAUGGCAUCCGACGGAGGAAUCGCCGUAAAUGACAUGAUGGAAACAAAUGUUUUAGAUAUUUAUGCUGCUGGCGAUGUUUGUACCGCUAUGUGGGAGCAUGGUGAUCACUGGUUUCAAAUGAGAUUGUGGACACAAGCUCGCCAGAUGGGUUGUAUGGCCGGGCGUAGUAUGGGCGCAAAAUUAACAAAUGAAGUAAUUUAUCAAGAUUUCUGUUUUGAACUUUUUGGACACGUGACUCAGCUAUUUGGUUAUCCUGUUGUCCUACUCGGGCGAUAUAAUGGCCAAGGUUUAGGAACCGAUUACGAGUUACUGAUUCGCAGUACUGCUUGUAAGGAGUAUAUAAAAUUUGUACUUCAAAAUGGCCGUUUACGAGGCGCAAUAUUGAUUGGGAAUACAGAACUGGCUGAGACCUGUGAAAACCUAAUUUUAAAUAAAAUUGAUCUUACCCCAUAUGGAGAUGACAUUCUUAAUCCGGAUAUCGAUAUUGAAGACUACUUUGAUUAAAAGUCAUUGCUAUUAAAAUAUUUUGUUUCUAUUCAUACAAGUAUACAUAAAUUGAAAAUAAAAUAAUUACAUGAAAACCA